AUGAACGUCGUGCAAAGUGCAUUUCCCAAUGGUACAGGAUCGGUGGCAUCUGGCAACGAAGAGGUACGAACUGAUGAAAACCAGCACCAGGCAGUUGCCUACUAUGAGGUUGCUGUUGGAACUGACCGGACAUACCCCAAAACCAGAGACAACACAGUGGAGUUCACCAAUGUUGGGCUAAACAAAACCUGGACCUUUUACCACCUAGACCUGAAGCCAUCAGGACUAUACUACGUAACUGUGCGAGCGUACAGUACCAGUAAUGCCAUGGUAGAGGUGACGUCCAAUGGCAUUCAAGUAGGGUUUGAUGUUGCAGUCACAGCUGGAGAGGUUGUCAUUCCUGAGUAUGCCAAGUCCGCUACAACGCUUACAGUAGAGUGGGCAGGAUUUGAGUCUACAUUGGACAUGUACAUCUACUAUAUGGGCGUCAGUUCCACACCACUUUCCGUGGGAACUCAAUGUUCAGAUCUGAUCACUGAUGAGAGUGCUGUACGUGCACUGUUUGGUGUAUUUCCUGUCCGCCUAAUGGAGAAAGACACCUUCUACAUAGCACAUGACCUCUCCAUGGAGCACAACAACACAUAUUAUGUCACUGUGGUGGGAGUCGAUGAAGCAGGUGAAUGUAAUAUGAGCACCUCCUCCUUCCUUGUGGACCUGACUGAACCUGUAGAAGGACAGGUCAGGGUAGGACCGCUGUAUGGACAGAAACUGGCGUAUGUUGUGACCAGGGAGAGCAUCACAGUUCACUGGGAAGGGUACUAUGACCCUGAGAGUGAUAUCUCUUAUUUUGAACUGGUUCUCUACUCUGCCAAGUCCUGUUCAGUUUCAGAUGAGGACUCCUUGUCUGAGAUAUCACAUGUCACUGUGAACAGUAGUUUCACAUUCUACACGUUCUUGGAGCUCACGUUGCAGGAAAAUACUCCCUACUAUGUUGAGCUGACAGCAUUUAACAAAGCUGGCAGAGAAACAAGGACUCGGUCUGUACCUGUCAUCUAUGAUGUACAAGAGACCACUGCCGGUGAUGUCCACGUCGGCCUGGACUUCAUCCGGGAUGUCACUUUCGUCGGAAGCACAACAGAAGUCGAAGGGAGUAUCCUGCACCUGGCAGACCCCGGUACUGACAAGGGAUGUCCUGAUAGACCUUCCCUCUUCACUGAUGUAGAAUGGUCUACAGUCAAAACAACAAACUUCUGGGGGCUUGGAGAAGAUUGGAAUAUUUUGUUUCGGAGCAAACAGGUUGUUCCCACAGAGGACGGACGUGGUGUGGCGAUCACCAUAGAGCGAGAUGUCCAGUCUCCACAGAUGUUCUCUGGUGCCAUCUACAGGAAUGCUGACAUACAGAAGGGAGGCACUUAUAAGGUGGACAUUAAGGCAGGUGCCUCAGACUUCUCCGCCAUCACAGCUGUUGUAUUCUGGGACGGUCCAGAUGGGACUGUCGGGGACUUUGACGUCUGUCGCUUCUGCUGCCAAAACACAGAGGAUCUGGUCUAUUUGUACAUGUGUCCAUGUGAUUGCUUGAUGCACCUGGCCUUUCCUACCGAUGUCCCAGAAAACAUCACUCUAACAGUAGAGACAUACACUGAACAGGUCACCUCAGAAACACAACAGGAUGUGCCGAAGUACGUAGUGUUUGAAGACAAGGUAGAAGGAGAGACUUUCCAAGGAAAUGAAGACGACAUGUUUACUACCCAGCCGGCCUGCGGCAUGCAGAUCCACACAAAUGGAGUGUUGGAUUCGAAAAUUGUGCUUUGGUGCCAGUACUAUGACAACGAGUACCUCGCCAAGUAUGAAACCGUGGACAGUCUUAACUUUGACCCCUCAGAAGAGUGGCAUACCUACAAGUUUGUCUUCAAGUCAUCUUCAAGAGAGGGUCUGGAUGACUGGAGUCUGGAACUUCUGAUUGACAACCAUGAGAAGGCUGUCGUUUCCGGCCUCCCAGCCUUUUCUGAUGGCACAAAGUUGAUCUUUGACCAGUGGAACGCAGACAACACUGUUCCAGAAUUGGAGUUUCAGUUUAAACCACCUACAGCCACUGUACUGUUUCGGAAUCUUGUGUAA